AUGAACCAAACUUUCCCAUUGCAAAAAGUUGUUAAACGAGUGCUCAUUCCUUCAUUGCAUGAUGGGACCCGUUUAGAGGCUAGAGUGUCUUAUUGGCGAAACGAAAAUGUUGAUAUAGGAGAACAGAGGUCAGUGAAAGCUGUGAUAAUUUCUCAUCCGUAUGGGCCAGUAGGCGGAAAUUACUAUAAUAACGUUGUCGUCACGAUCGAGAGCUUUUUCCUUACUAGGGGAUACUUGACCAUUGCAUUUAAUUUCAGGGGAGUAGGAAAUUCUAAAGGUCGAACAAGUUGGUCCGGAGAACCGGAGAGCGGUGACUAUAAAUCCAUGAUAGAGUUUCUAUCGAAUUCGGGUAGAGUCGGUGUUGACAUCAUCAUGGAAAUCCCCAAAAUUUCUGAUCUGACAGUUAUAGGAUACAGUUACGGGUCACUAAUUGCCUCCACAAUGGCCUCAACAUCACCACCAUUCCCUACGUGCUAUAUACUAGUCAGUUAUCCAUUGUCGGUAACAUGGCUUCUCACUUUUUUCCGUUCAUCAGUGUAUUCCAAUCAUAUUAAAUCCAUGAUCGCUUCGAAUGCUCGGGUGUUAUUUAUAUAUGGAGAUUAUGACCAGUUCACAAGAUUGGGUAGGUAUAGACAGUGGGUGCGUGAAAAUAAUCUGGACGAGAAUCCACGAUGGACUGUUAAGGAAUUAAAAGGCACGGAUCAUUUUUAUGUGACGCGCACCAUGGAAGAUUCAUUAUGCGAAGUGUUAAAAGGAUGGGUGGAUGAAGAAUUGAAUGGUGAUAAAGUCGUCGUCAACAAUUGA